GGUAAUCAAAUCACACACCCAUUCCACCUCUUAUUUUUUCAAACCCAUCUCUACUCGCGAUCAACUUAAUAUUCGCGACCACACACUCGACAUAUUACUUUUUCGAUGGUUCUGAGCCCAUUCUCUAAUUACAUAAUCUUCGGUCCAAGACUUCCAGUCUUUUUGACUUUUACACUGUUCUACACACACAUCACUCUCACUUACAUACGAUUGACACUGUAUCCACGCCUACCUGACCCACUAUACUACUACUCGUACUACCAUCACUCUACAUCCGCGUCUUCACCUCUCUACCGAGACCUCCAGAAAGUAUUCUUUCAUGGACUCUUCUACUAGUAUUCGAGGACGAAGUCGCAAGCGUCAUACCCUUACUACUAUGUCAUCAAACCCAUCCACCGAACCUACUGAACAGUCAUCAUCCGCCACACAAGCCGCCAGUAUGGCUUCUUCUUCUUUUACCUUUGAGACGCCUAGUCCUUCCGCGUCUAGAGAUGCACGAGCACGUACUCGUCAGGUCGACGGUCCUAGUACUAUCGCAUCACCAGAGGAUCUUACCAGCAAGGGUGGUCGCUCCCUACGAAAGCGUCCCCGUGUAGACUACACAUUCGACCAAUUAGAUGAUAUUGAGAACGCCGCAAAGACAACCCCCAGCACUACUUCCCGCGCCUUGAAGCGUCGCAAGACGGACGUCGCUUCCAAUGAGAGUGACGUCGAUGAGGAUAUUCCUGAAGUUCAGAUUAAGAGACGUGCUUCGGAACAGCCGCAGCCGUCAUCUGCCCGUCGACGUAACACCAGAAAGUCUACCGCUGAGCCGCAGGCUUUCGUACCACAACACCAAAUGGAUGAUGUCGAAGUACAAGACACCAUCGAAGUUGGCGGCCAUCACAGUUCCGAGUCUGAUGAGUCGGCUUUACGACGCACCGACUCCAGUUCUACAAAUGAGUCUAAGCAAGAGCCUCAACCUAACCCAGAAGACAAGCUCAAAACCAGAGUUCAAGUCAACGGCAACAUUUGCGGCGCGACCAAAUCCCAAGAGCAAGAUGAAGCUCAUAACCCCGAAGAGACUAUCCCCGCUCUCAGCAACGGCGUAGCCAAAAUGGAUUCUCUUGAGCAUCUUACACCGUAUAUCGAGGGCGCCUACGUCUGCUACCCGCAGUUCGAUGAAUUAGAGCAAGACAUUGAGCCUAUUCCUGAACCAGAACAGAAGCCAACCCCCAAAUCAAGCACCGAAGUCGAUACCCAGGCUGAUUCCCAAGGCAAUGUUGAGACCACCAUCAAUGGCGACGCGGAUCGUGAAUUAUAUCCAGAGCCUGAGCCUAAUGAGAUCAACCAGGGUAGCAUAGAAGAAGCCGCUACGGAAACAGAAACUGUCAUCCCCAAACAACCGGAGAGCGCUGUAGAGACACCAGCCGACACCACCGUCAACACCCCUCCCGCGGAAGCAGAGUCUUCAAACAUUCAACCCCCAGAGAAUGGGCAGUACUCUUUCAAGCAGACUCGGCCAGCUUCCGAGUUUAUAGACUUGUUCAAGGAUAUCAAGUCAUUGUCGCCCGAGGAACUUUACUAUAGAGCUCAGACUGCCAAUAACGCUCUUUCAGCUUGGCAGGAGGAAUUCAAGGAGCUUCGCAAGAUCACUGAUGAUUACGACAACUCAGUGCGUUAUCAUAAAGAGGAGGAAGCGUUCCAACGCAAAUUUGACCUGGCCGUUAGCAAGAAUCCUACUGCUAAUCCGGAACGAAAAGACUUCGUCGUUAAGGGCUCCAGAGCACCGGCGCCUAAUGCCGAAGAAGCCGAGAUAGCCUACCACAAGCAACAAGAUAGAAUUAUGGCGAACGUCUAUGGAUUUGAGUACGACCACAGAAUGGAUAAGCUUGGAAAUCAAGACCCCAUCGCUCAGCGAACUGGUCUAGGACGACAGGGAAGACUUCGCGAAAGACCCAAGCAGACCGCCAAGGCUGCCGAAGCUGAGGAGCCUACUGUGGUGCAAGGGAAGCGAACUAGGAAGGCCCCAGAGAGAUUUAAUGGAGGUGAGACCACUAGCAGAGGUUCCACUCCAGCUCCUACGAGAAGCCGAGUACGUCGUGGCGGUCAGGUUCAAGAGAACGAUCAAAACCAAGCCCAGGAAAAUCAGGAUACCACCUCAGCAAACCUAGCACCGACGGCUAACGAGAACGAGGCUCCCAGAAAGAAAGGGAAGGGUGGUAGGCCCCGAAAGAACCCACUUCCAGUUUCUGUACCCGAGGCCGAACCCACUCCGACCGAAGAGCAGGAGCCUGAUGAGGAGUUUAAUCCCCAGCCCGAGCCAGAAUCCGAUUUCCAACAGAAGGCACCUCCCAAGACGCCGAGGUCGCGAGCCAAGGCAGGCGCUAAAGCUCAGUUGAAGAUUGAAUCGCCGACACAACCAAAGUCCUCGCCCAAGAGAGCCGCCGAGCCAGACGAGGAAGAGGAGCAGCCUAGUCGUAAGCGUAGACGCAGGGGCCCCGCACCAUCAUCCGUCCCCGCUGCCACCGACGCAGAUAUCGAAGAGGAGGACAGCGCGCUCAACGGCAGAGAAGCGGAGACUCCAGCCAAGCUGGGCCGCCAGAGAAACCCUAAGAAGCCCGCAGUUGCCUCCAUAUCCUUUAAUUCGACCUCUACCAUACCCUCCCCCGCCCCAGCCGAGGAGCCGCGUCCCCAUACUGCUUCGUCCACCGCGACGGCCGAGACGGUGGCGUCCACAAGCAACUACCAGUUGCGCGAGAAACGUCAGCGAAAAUUUACAAACGACGUAAAUGACGACGAUUUCAUGGACGCGCCAAAGCCCAAGCGAGCCCGACGGGCGCCGAAGAAGACACAGGGCAAAGCUGAAGCUGCCAUGUCGGCUCCAGAGCCAGCUCCGGAAUCGGAGGAGCCGACGAGAAAGAUAAUAAAGCUAAAGCUCUGGUCAAAGGGUAAAUCCAUCCCACCUCCCGCCCCGGCGCCCACGAGCACUCCGUUAGCCCCUCCCAUAGUGAAGACUCCGGCUAACGCGAGCAGCAGCGUAAGUGGGAACCCGAAUGGCAUCGUAGUCGAUGCCGGGGUCUCCGAGCCGACCGCUAGUAACGGAGAGGCCGGAGACCCCAGCAAAGACUACAAUUCAAUGACCAAGUCAGAGAAGAUGUCAUUCUCGAUGAAGGCCCGAUGGAAAUCGGGGUCGAUGGGAUCGGCCGUGGAGAAGCGCCGCGCAACACUCGCGGCAAAGAAGCAGGCGCUUGGGCCUGUCCCUCAGCCCUCGUCCACCCUGGACGAGGGUGAGGAUGAGGAUACUACUGCGAGGCAGUAGAAGGCGGUGUUGUCCGGUGUGGUUUGUGGUGGGAGAUGGUUGGAGGAAGGGGGUGGUAAAAAAGAAAAUUAAAAAAAAGUUGCAUAUACAUUGUACAUAGCGGCGUUAU